AUGUCGUCUGUCACAAAGUCAAUCAGAGGGUGGUUGGGUAGGAGUCAUGCUAACAUGGAGAAGAAUGAUAGUGGCUACUGCUAUACACCAGCAACCAGGUUUGAAGGAGAUGGGGACGAUGAUGAUGGAGAUUACGACUAUGCCCCUUCAUUAUCUAUCAUCAAGGAAAUGUCGUCUGUCACAAAGUCAAUCAGAGGGUGGUGGGGUAGGAGUCAUGCUAACAUGGAGAAGAAUGAUAGUGGCUACUACUAUACACCAGCAGCCAGGUUUGAAGGAGAUGGGGACGAUGAUGAUGGAGAUUACGACUAUGCCCCUGCAGCAUAA